AUCGUUCUGCCCCGGAGUCUUUUCGAAAAGGGAUAUACGUCAGCACGUCUCGGCGUGAAACGGCGGCGUUCCGGCGUGUUAGAAAGCUUCCGGCGGAGCCUGGAUGUUGAUGUCCCGGGUCUGACGCAGUGUUGCACUCGAAGCUGAGCGAGCUCCGGAGGUGUCGGAGGAAUUCCAGUGUUUGCUGCGGUAACCUCAUCAGCCCGCCAAGAUGGCGAUGCAAGCGGCCAAGAGGGCGAACAUUCGACUUCCACCUGAAGUAAACCGGAUUUUGUAUAUAAGAAAUUUGCCAUACAAAAUCACAGCUGAAGAAAUGUAUGAUAUAUUUGGAAAAUAUGGACCUAUUCGUCAAAUCAGAGUGGGGAACACGCCUGAAACGAGAGGAACAGCUUAUGUGGUCUACGAAGACAUUUUUGAUGCCAAGAAUGCAUGUGAUCACCUGUCAGGAUUCAAUGUUUGUAACAGAUACCUCGUGGUUUUGUACUAUAAUGCCAACAGGGCAUUUCAGAAGAUGGACACAAAGAAGAAGGAAGAACAGUUGAAGCUUCUCAAGGAGAAAUAUGGCAUCAACACAGAUCCACCAAAGUAAAAGUUUUCUGUAUUUUCAUUUUGGACUAAAACUCAUGAAUGACAACCACCACCCUUAUUUUGUUUUUAAUUAAUACUGAAUAUUGUGAUUUCUUGAGAUUCAAAAUGUCCUGCUCGAAACUUUGAUAUAUGUUAGAAGAUAUUAUGUUAAUAAACAUAUAGCUUUUUGUAAAACA